GACGUGUGGUUGUCUGGUCGGCCGCGAAUGGCAGCUUCUGGUCUCUUCUCCCUCAGAACCUCUAUCUUCCCCUCCUUCACUGUUAAUUCAGUCUCUCACUCUCUCUUUCCUUCUAAAUCCCGCUCCCGCUCCUUUCUUCUCAAAGCAUCAAAUAUGGAGGGAAGUGAAAUGAAGGUGGAAGAAGAAGCGGGUAGUAGCCAGAAGAAGAAGAAGAUAUUUGUAGCAGGUGCUACUGGGAACACCGGCAAGAGGAUAGUUGAACAGCUUCUGACAAAGGGGUUUGCUGUUAAGGCAGGCGUUCGCGAUGUAGAUAAGGCCAAAACAAGCUUACCCGGCGGAAACCCUCAUCUUCAAAUUGUAAAAGCUGAUGUAACAGAGGGAGCUACUAAAUUAGGUGAUGCCAUAGGUGAAGAUUCAGAUGCAGUGAUAUGUGCAGCUGGAUUUCGGCCUUCAUGGGAUUUAUUGGCUCCAUGGAAGGUGGAUAACUUUGGCACCGUAAACCUCGUUGAUGCAUGCAGAAAACAAGGCGUUAAUAGGUUUAUCCUUAUAAGCUCUAUCCUAGUCAAUGGAGCUGCAAUGGGACAGUUGUUUAAUCCAUCCUACAUAAUUCUUAAUGUGUUUGGACUGACAUUGAUCGCGAAGCUUCAAGCAGAGCAGUACAUAAGGAGGUCGGGGAUCAAUUACACAAUCAUAAGGCCUGGUGGACUGAGAAAUGAUCCUCCAAAUGGAAACAUAGUCAUGGAGCCAGAGGAUACACUUUCUGGAGGUGCUAUAUCUAGAGAUCAGGUUGCUGAAGUUGCAGUCGAGGCGUUGCUCCAUCCAGAAUCUCACUACAAAGUGGUGGAGAUAGUUGCUAGAACCGAAGCCCCUAAGCGUUCGUUCAAGGAACUUUUUGCUUCUAUAAAACCACGGUAACUUGCUCACUUGUGUCCAACUUUCUGUUACCACCGUACGCCAUAAUACAACUGUUUAUCCUUUCAUUCCCCCUUGAUGGCAGUUUCAACUACCUAUGUAUACAUUAUAUUUUUCACUUGAAACUGUGCAAUUUUUUGCAUAUCAGCCUUCAUUCAGUGCAGUUUAAAGGUCGAGUCUUUUUUUAUCUUGUUAUACCUUCACCUUAUAUUGU